AUGUACGACGCUCCUUCCAGGCUCCACCCCGCCAUGAUCGCAAUGACUUCAGUGCUCAUGGUAGGUACUGUCAGACCACGUUGGGUGACUCCGCGUGUCGUGUUGGGGAUCCAUCUGCUCCACUACGUUGCCAUCAUGUACCUUGCGAUCAGCGCCAAAGGCUGCAUCGACUUAGCAGGCGGCCCCGUGACAACCUGCCAACGAAUCGCAGUGAGCUUGUUCAUGCCAGACCAAGUGUGUCUCCUCUUUUGGGCCUCGUGUAUGUCGCAGUUGUCUCGUGGUUUCAUGGCCAGGUCGACACGCAUCAGGAGUUGA